UAUAAAAGUUAACAAUUGUACGCAAAUUGUCAAAAUGGUUAAAGACUCUGAAACUGUGAUAAAAAAACGAAGGAAAAGCAGUACAACUACUACGGUAGCAGAUAAAACAAUAUCUAGUGAAGAAUUGUAUAAUCGGGUAAUUAACUAUGAGGAAGAAGAAGCGAAGCUUAGAUCACCUGAAAGUGAUGCUAAAUUGUUCUAUAAGACAUGCAAUGAAUUACGAGCAAUUUUUGCAGAAAUCUUGGAGUUGAAAUCUAAAAACAGAUGCCGAUCAUUAUUUGCCAAAGUCUCAAAAGAAAUAGCUGACAAACGAAUACAAGCAUCUAUGCUGUUUCUUGUACUCAAGAAACUAAAUCGUAUGGAAAAAUAUCGCACUAAAGCUGGUCGUGAUUUAUUACAUAAAGAAAAACAAAAUGUAGACAGUACCCAACUGCAAUUACAAAAUUUAUUUUAUGAAUCUGAUCACUUAAAUAAAGAAGUAACAAAAUGUCUUCAAUUCAAAUCAAAAGAUGAAGAAAUUGAUUUAAUUUCUCCAGAAGAAUUUUUCAAAAGUGCUCCAGAAAAUAUACUUAAGGAUGUCUCAAUUGAAGAUCCUCAUAAGCUUCAAUUGGCCAGAUUAGAAUAUGAACUUAUGCAAAGAAAAGAGCUAGCAAGGAUGUGCAAGGAAUUGCAGGAUAAAAAGGAAGUGAUUGCAGCAGAAAUUGUUGCUAAAAGAACCCAAUUAAAUUCGUUAAGUCCUCAGCUCAAGACUAUGUUAGAGGCAACUAAACCUUUACAAGAAGCUCUUGGCCUUCCAAUCGAUAAAGAAAAGCAAAUGCAAGCUAGAGCAAAAUUAUUACCUGAACCAUUGUAUUUACUUUAUGUUAACGUAUAUGCCUAUAACCAAGUUUGUGAUAAACUAAUUAGUUUAUCAAUUAACGGAGACGAUGAUGAUGCAAGACAGUAUAUAGAAAGCCAUGAUAUAUGUGGAAAUGAUUUAGAACUUGAAUCGGAAUCCGAGAUUGACAAUGAAAACACUGAGGAAAAACAAACAAAAAAACGUCAUCACAGAAAAAUUACGAAAGGAGAUUUGUUAGAACAAAAAAGAAAAGAAUUACUCAAACCUCAUCCAUUAUCAGUUGUUAUGGUCAUAUCAACUAAAGAUGAUUUCAAAAUGUCGUUAACAUUCAGUUAUUUGAAAAUGCUUCACAUUGUUACUGUGAGUUGUGAAGUAAAAUGUAGUGAAAACUCAGAUUUUUUCACUUCCAGUGACCUCAUCGCGCCAAUGAGUAUACUGAACUGUCUCUAUAAAAAUGAUAAUGGAGAGACUAGUCCGAAUUUGACAAAUUCUUAUAAACUUCAAAAGUUGGGCUUGGGUGAUCUGAUACCAUUACUUGGUGAUUUAGGAAGGCCAUAUAUUUGGGCACAAAAACUAUGCGGAAUGGAUUUCCUUCUUGUAGAUUUACAAAAGGAAACUAAAUAUGACAUUUCUCAUUCAGUUGUACAAAGUGUUGUGAAAACUUUACGAAGUCGUCUGAGUGCGAGAAUUGAUCUUUGUAAACAGAUUCAAAAAUUAGAAUCAGGCGUACUGUAUGAAGUUCCUGAUGCUGAUGUAUUUAUUUCGUCUAAAUAUACUUGUUCACUUUCUCAAUGGUUAAGAAUUUCUUGGCCUGAAUAUUGUGGUUCACAGUCAACAAAGUUACAUAUCCAGGAACAAAAUGUUUCUGAAACAGAUAUUUUUUAUAGAGCAUUGAUCACAAAGGGUUCAGCAAAAUUGGAGUGCUUUGUAGCUGUAAGUGUAGACUAUCCGAAAAUCACACCGAUUUUCUCAUUAACUGUUACCUGUAAUGGCGAUAUCAUGGAUAAUACAAAUUAUGAUACAAUAAGAGAUAUGGAAAGAGCAAUAAAUUGUGACUGUGAAAAACAAGUAGCCUCUCACAACAGCAGAUACAUUCUUACUUUACAAUUGAUAAGAGUGUUAUCUUGUUUUGAUAUAUUUUUAGAAAAUCAUACUUUAUUUGAACAGAAUAAAGGCAAAUCACCCAACACAUUUGUUAGAGGAAGAAAUAGAUUACAGGCUUAUAAAUUUGAACCAGCAGUCAAUGGAAUGUUUAGUCAUUUUUAA